AUGGCAGGAGACAAGUACGACAUGUCUGGCCAAGUGAUGCCUCAGUUCCGUCCAUGGUUCGAGGCAAAUCUUGGGGUUGAUAUCGACUACAAAACGCCAAGUCAGAAGAUUACCGACUUACAAAUCCCUCGCCCAGUGGAAAAUGAAGAAAUCUACGAUGAGCUGCAAAAAGCCAAUAUUUCCUUCACAAAUGCACCGCGCAUGCGACUUAUGCGAGCACACGGUCAUACGGUAAGAGAAGCAGACACUGAGUUUGGAUAA